CAUAGCAUCUAACGGUUUCCCCGAACCAAUUCCUGCAAGCCAACUCCAUCAUUCAUGAUACGAAAAGUCGAUGUACGAUCAUCGUGCUUGAUUUUUCGAUGCUACACUUGGCAAUGUUGAUCAUAGACACGUGAAGGGCUGGACUAUCUUGUCUCUGCAUGCUAUCUCCACCAUCUUCGAUGUGCGUGCAUGCAUACAGCGAACAUGCAUGAUGGUAUUUGACCGUUCGUAACGUCUGCUGUCAAGCAUCUCUUGUCGAGCCGCCCCCUUAGCGGUUUUGUUGCCAGUCCACCGGCUUUUUGCUAUUUUGCACCAACAAGAGAGUUACCGUACAUGAAAUGAAGAUAGGCACGACAGGUUCAACGCCCGGGAGAGGCGAAUUAACCAAACAACGAGUCAAUGACACACUCUCCUGGAGCAAAGGCCUAUAUAUACCAUUGUCCUUCGCUGGUUGUAGUCUCAUCAUCCAACAACAGCAACAGCUUCCUUCAGCAGCAUCUUUCCAGUCUUUGGCUUAGCCGUCCACUCUUUACAACACUCUUUACUAAUACCAACCCGACCACCAAUCACCUAAUCCACCACCACCAAAACCACCCCGUUGCUUCUACCACCUACGUCUGCCCCGCCCAGACCACCCUGCCUGUUGCUCCCAUUGCUUGCACUAGCUGCCCUUACACCGUUUCCACCGCCACUGUCUACUCUGCCACCGGUGGCAACAUGGUCCCCGUCAGCACUCAGGUCUACGCUGCUCCUUGCCCCACUGGUACCGUCGUUGUUGAGAAGGUCUGCACUGCCUGUGCUGCCAUGACCUCUACUGUCCCUGCCGGCAACACUCAGACCGUCACUGCCUGCAACGGUGCUAACUGCCCUGCUACCUCCACCAUGGCCAAGUACACCCCUACUACUUCCGGUAUGGUCAUGUACACUGGUGCUGCUUCCAACGUCAAGGCCGCCCCAGAGAGUGCUCUCAACUCUUCCUAAAGGCAACAACAAACUAUUUCGUAUCUUCUCUCUAUACACAUCAUGGUGGUGUUCUAAUUAGUUCUUUGAUUGGCAUUCAAGUGUCUUCAAACGGGUUUUGGUUAUAAUGAUUAUCAUAUACGCUUACAAAUGGAGUUUCUCAUUUCUGCUGUUCAUACAAACUUUCUAUGCUUCUGA